CAGCAACGUCAACCCGUAAAUAAAUGUCAUCGGUUGGUUGUGUGCAACUGGUACUAGUUUUGGUGAUCAAUUUUUCAUCAUUUUCUACCGUUUAUUAAAUUAUUUAGUCGCUAAAAAUGAUUUACUUUUAACGAUUCAUCCUAUCGCCACGCUGCUGCAGUGUUUGAACCGUAGACUUACACGUAAAUCUGCAUUUAAAACGGUAAGCCCGAAGCAUCAUUACCCCUCAGUAGCUGUGCGCGCCGAAUGACGUGGAGAAAACAGCACAGUUCCAAAUACUGCAGCGCUUUUCCGGACGAGUACGGCAAACAAAACUAGAUUUGGGUGUGAUUCUAGCGGGCCACUGUAGCGAACAAAAUGUUUGAAAUAACCGACACACAGAAAAUCGGAGUCGGGUUGGCUGGCUUCGGGAUCACGUUUCUGUUCCUGGGCAUGCUUUUACUGUUCGACAAAGGAUUGCUAGCGAUAGGAAAUAUACUGUUCGUGUGCGGUCUGGCGUGCGUGAUUGGGCUCGAGCGAACGUUUCGCUUCUUCUUCCAGAAGCACAAAGUGAAGGCAUCGAUUUCGUUCUUCGGCGGCAUUGCGAUCGUACUAUUCGGCUACCCGCUGAUCGGGAUGCUCAUCGAGAUGUACGGGUUCAUACUGCUGUUCAGUGGGUUCUUCCCGGUGGCCAUAAACUUCCUGCGGCGGGUACCGGUGCUAGGGAACAUCCUGAACAUGCCCGGCAUUAGCAGGACCGUCGACUGGUUGGCGGGCGAAUCGGACCGAACGACGGGCAAUGGUUACUCCAACUGAAGUAGAAAAGGCACACAAUCCCUACUACUGGCCUACUUGACCAGCAAUCGAACAAGGUGGAACACGCACUCGAAAGGGAUCUACCGGCAGUGACAGUGUGUAAGAGCGAGAGAGAGUGUGUGUGUGUGUUUGUGCGUAUGCGUGUCUCUGUCUCGUCGUCCUUUUGCUCGACAGUGUGUAGCCUAAAAAUAAAUGAUCACUCGUGUUUGUCCUACGAA